AUGUCAAGAUCCGAUGACCCUUUAAACGAAAUGAGCUCCAAUACUUUUUUCAGAGGUUCAUCAAAGAGUAUAAAUUCCUUUGCAAAACCUCAACCUUCACAGUUCAUCAAAGACCUAUAUACGUCAAGCAAUAUCGAAAUAGGGUUCCAAAUAAUUACCAAUUUUUGUACUAAUUGCACCACUUACAGUAAAAGCAAGAUGAAUGAUAUUCAUGGUGUUAUCACAGAAGUCUACAAAAUAUUAAUACGGAUUCAUUCCAUAACUCAUAUAAAAUCCUUAGUGAGGUUACAUUUAAUGAUAAUAGGGAAGUAUAUUUCAGACAGCCAUUACUCUCGAGCGUCUCUGGAAAUUAUGAAUCUUUAUAACACCACAAAUAUAUAUAAAUCACAGAAUUUUGAAGAUAUUCUACUAUCUGAUAUUUAUAAGUCCAAUCAUUAUUACAUUUCAAGUGUCAAGAUACUAAUACUCCAAAUUAUCAUUAAAACGAAAACUGUAUCAACUUAUGAAACUACACUAAUAAAAUUAUUUGCAUAUGAUGGAAGAUUUCUUCUAAGAGAUCCAAAGAUUAAAAUCCAUAUACUGAAUAAAUUACUCCUUAAUCUCUAUAGCUCAAGUACCCACUAUAAAAUACUUUACGGAUUGAAAUUUUUGAAAUACAUGAAUCAAUAUAAUUUAAAAUUCCAGGACUAUAUUAAGAAUAUAGAUGAAACUACUUUCAAACGUCAACUUAUAGCAUACUAUCGUAAUAACCAAGAAAGUAACCACUAUUUAAAUCUAUAUUAUAUGGACUAUUCGAAGUAUACACAAAGUUUAGAUAAACUAAUGUUAUCGGACAUUAUAACUGAAGAACAAGAUACAAAAGUACAUUUUAAUAACCACAAUGAUAUUAUUAAAUUAACCAAACUGAACAAGGAUGCUUAUCAUUAUAUCGGGAUCGAAGCUUUGAACGUUACCAUAUUGCAAGGGUUUGCUAUUUUAGAAAAAAAGGAUAUAAUGCUAUGUGAUAAAUUACUGGCAUUAACAUACAUAUGGAAACUUAUGAUGACACAAUCUAUCGUAUUUGAAGAACAACAAAAGAAAUUAUAUGAUAUAACACUGACAUUUUUGAACCAUAAUCUGGAUAAAUCAAAACCUAAUGGAAAUGAACUUCUAGAAAUUUUGUACAAUAUAGGUAUAAACUUCAAACAAUUUCAAAGAUUAUCUAAUUUGGUAAAUGUAAUGUUCAAUACAGCAAUUACUCAAAAUGAUGUUUCUCUAUUAUUAUUAACUGUCAAAACAGAGCUGUCAAUUUUGAACACAUCAUUAGAUAGACCUAACAUGACCUACCGUAGCAUUACAAAGAAAAUGGAUAAAUUCCUCCAGGCCACACAAAUUCAAAAGUAUAGACACGAAAUUUUAUCGAAGUAUCUUAAUAUUUUCGCUGUAUUUGGUGCCGAAACGUUUCAAGAACUCCAAUUGUAUUGUCAAUCUUGUGAGUCUGUAAUUGUGAAAAGACAUCAAAAUAAUGAUCUAUCGAAUAUUUUUGGUAUAUCAGAAGUCAUGCUAGUAUUUCUUCGCCUGAAAACAGACUCAGAAAAUGAAAAUUGUGAGAAAAAUAAUAUCCUAACCAAUAUGGUACAAUCCACUAUAAGUGGCAAAUUUAUUGAAUGCACUGGCCAGAUAUCUGCUAUCAAUAAAUUUCAUUUUCUUUACAAAUAUGAGGCCUUAAUAAAGUGUGUUUAUUAUUUUGAUCUCAGCUUGAAAAAUUCCUGUACCAAAGACAUACAUAAUAUCAUUGAUACUUAUAAAAAACAAUGGUUUAUAAAUCAGAAUAACAUAACCACAUUAUCAGAAUUAGAAAUUAAUUUUUUAAGGACAGUAUUCUCACACCUAAUAUUUAUACAAUUCGAUAAGAUGGCAUUAGGGUUAUUGGAGCUUAUUUCGACCAAUAAUACCUAUUAUAAUGAGUUAUCCUUGGAUAUAAUACAAUAUUCCUUAGUUGCGUCUUAUCGUUUGGGGUUAGGUCUAAAAAUUGAUUUUCUAAAACAAACAGUUCAAUCUUUAUCUGCUGAUUUUACUCAGAUGAAAUUAGAUAGACUAUUACUAAUUCUAGAUAUUUAUCUUAACAUUUGUUUGUGGUACAACGAUGACCAAAAAUUUACCGAAAUAUUCCAAGAUAAUUUAAUUACAACUAGGAAAGAAAUAUUUGAUAUCAAUAACACAUUAAAAUUACCAUUCAAUUCAUACAUUUCAAUUCUAAUAUUUAAUCUUAAGUUGUACAACACAGCUUCAACAAUUCAAGCCAAUAUAUAUGCUCUAGUUCCAUCGAUUGUUGAAAGUAAACGUGCAGUUAAGUUGUCAAUGUCUUUACUAAAGUUACUGAGUAAGGUUAAUUACACAACCAGAAAUGUACUGAUUCAAACACUAACUGAUUGUUAUAUAAAUUUGAUGGAAGCCCAUAUUCGUAUUGGGUUAUCGAAGGAUACAGAAUUCUAUGUGAAAGAAAUGACAAAAAUAAUAGACAAAUUGAAAGACCCAUCCAUUAUUUUCAAAUGUCUCCAUUCACUGCAACAGUAUUAUCACGUUACCAAGCAAGAUGACCUAAAAGCCAUCACUCUACAAGAGGCUAAUAAAAUAUAUGAUCACAUCAGCAGUGAGGAGGACAUCAUCAGUUUAACAAAAUUUCUUUUUGAUAAUAAUGAAUAUGAGAAACUUGAAAAAUCAUUGAGUCUCAUUUUUGGAUCUGACCUUCCUAAUACGAGAUUAUUGCAUUAUUGGAGACUUAAAAUGGGGAAAACUGUUGUACCAGGGACUAUUAUCCCUCCGAAAUUAUUGGUUUUAGAUUCAAUUAAUAGAGUAGAUGCAAUAUAUCGGAGAAUUUUAAACCAAUUAGAGACAGACCCUUUUUUCAAAAGCAUUUAUGAAUCAUCGCUGGCGAUUCCAUCCAUAAAGAAAGAGAAUGGGAAGACGACAGACAAAAAGAUAUACCAAAAUAUGAACGACAAUAUCAUGAAUUCUCCUAGAUCUUCAAAUAUGACACCAAAAUCCAAAAGUCGUGUCCAAAAAUUUGACAGAGCAUUAGUUUUGGAUAAUUUAGAGAAAGUUCUAAACACCAUAGAAAGUAUCUCUCCUUUUGAACUUGAUCAUGUAUCAUUACUGAGGAUUACAUCUAUAUAUUCUAAAUGUUCUAUUAUUCUAUCGAACCUUUAUGACAAUUCAAGAAAUUUUAUGACACACACGUUAUUUUUAUCAGAAUUAUCAAGAUACCUGCCACAUCAUUAUGAUCGAAUAUUGAGUAGGUUAGACCCUAAGAUAUAUCAAGAUUUUUGUUUACUACCGCUAGGUUCCGUGUCCCAUGGAUUAUUAAUAAAAAAUAUGACCUCCUUAAAUGAACAAAUUAGAGAUAUAAAAGAUCUUGAUUUUCUAUUUGAUAUAAUCACGAUUGACAUAUGUCCAGUAACAGGGAAUUUAUUGUUAUCCAAAUCAAAUUCCUAUGACGAAUCCAAUAUUUAUCUUACAAUACCAUUAAAUGGAUCCUUUUUCAGAGAUUUAGAUGGAACUCGGAUAUCAUACAUAGAAGCUGUUAAUGAACUUAACAGUAUUAUUGAAAAUAGUAAUGAAUCUGUUUCUCGUAAAGUCACUUCCUGUAUAACUACAAGCGAUGGUAGAAAGGGAUGGUGGAAGAACAGAUAUAUGCUAGAUAAGCAAUUAGAGAAAUUGUUACAAAGGAUCGAAAGAUCAUGGCUUGGGGGUUUUCAAGGUUUCUUUUCCGUUAGAAAAAUAAAUGAAGUAUAUUUUGCUGAGUUUUCUCAAAAAUUUAAUGAGAUUCUACAUAAUAAUUUGCCAUCUAGAAAACAUGUCGGUACACCUGAUGCUUUUUUGCAACUUGAGAACUGGAUUCUUGAAUUAUUUCUUCUAAUGGAUCAUUUAAAUGAGAAUUUUCUAGUAAUGGUUGAAGAUUUGCUAUAUUUUGUUCUAGAUAUUUUGGUAUAUCAUGGAGAAGAAAAUGCCUAUGACGAAAUUGAUAUGAGCUUACUUCAUUUCCAAACUGAAGAAGCAAUAAUGAAAUACCAUACAAGAUGUGGGAUUGGUGGCUCUAAAAGGGUACAACAUACUUUCUUGGUUGUCAGUAACAAAUGCCACUUGUUUCCAUGGGAAAGUAUGGCAUUUAUGAAAACUUUAUCUAUCUCUAGAGUUCCUUCGCUACAUAUCUUAAAAGAAAUGUUGCAGAAUAACAAUAAUAAAGUUCAACUUGAUGUACAUGUUGAUAGAAAACUAUCAAUGGUUCUGAACCCCGGAGGUGAUUUAGUACGCUCUGAAGAACGUUUCACAGAGUUAUUCUCUAACAUUGGAAGAAAUUGUCCUGAGUCCAAAUUGUUAAUACAUGAAAAACCUAGUGAGUCUGAUCUUUUGGCCAUGAUAAAUUUAUCAAAUAUGUUCAUAUAUAUUGGUCAUGGUGGCGGUGAGCAGUAUGCUAGAAAUAAAGAAAUAAAAAGACAAAAUAAACUAUGUCCAAGUUUGUUAUUAGGAUGCUCCUCUGCAGCUAUGAAGUAUUAUGGAGAUUUAGAACCAACAGGUGUAAUAUAUUCGUAUUUGCUAGGCGGAGCUCCUUUGGUUGUUGGUAAUUUAUGGGAUGUGACAGACAAGGAUAUAGACAAAUUCACUAUGUCUGUAUUUGAAAAGAUCGGAUUAAUAAGAAACAUUACAAAUUCAUCGAAUGAUGGAACGAGUGUUAAUGAUGCUGUGGAGGAAUCAAGAGACGUCUGUAAUUUGAAGUAUCUUAAUGGUACGGCGCCGGUCGUAUAUGGUUUACCAGCAAAAAUUAUAUACUAG